AUGUGCAAGUUCAUCUUCAAAGACAACGGCAAGAUCAUGUUGGACGUCAGAGAUGUCAAGAAAUGGACGUCCUGCCGCUUUGCUGGAUUCGCUGUUAGUGAGGCAGGCAUGACUGAGCUCAAGGGCAAUCAAAGUCAUGCCAAGACUGUCAGGAACACUGGUCAGGUCUUCACAGAUGGGAAGAUCGGCAAGGAGGAUGUUCUCAUGGAUGGUCUCCGGGCCGAGGAUAUUGUCCACUGA